AUGAAUCCGAUUGGGCCAUCUGCAAGGCCUGACCAUGCCUACGCCGGCCCGCAGACUCGUUCCCAGUGGGCCAGACGUAUCCCCGAGCUUCUUGAGGAUCUCCGCGAAGCAUUCCAAAGUACAUCAACAUUUCAUCUGUAUAGCCAAGUCGCGGUCAUUGCAAUGCAUUGGGAGAAUGAUGAUCUCAAUGUUUUGCCUUUAGAGACUGAGCUACUUCAGACAUUACGUGAUGACUAUGGCUUUCUCACAUCUUCGUACACAAUCCCGACUACUAACUGUCCUAAUCCCCAAACACGGCUCCUCCAGCAUCUACUGGCCUGGACUACGCAGCAUUCAGGCGAGAACACUCUGCGGAUGUAUGUAUACUCUGGCCACGCUGGAAAUGCUGGCUAUCAGUCGAUUCAAUGGCACCUAGCUGGAGCAUUGAAUCGGAAUGGAAGAUUGACAGGCCCGUCAAUCAACUGGUGGGAUAUCCGGGGCAACCUGGAAGUUGACCCAGGCGCAGUAUGCUAUGUCUUCGACUGUUGCUCGGCGGCAUCAGGAGUAUUAAAAGACUAUGCUGGAGCAGAAUUCGUUGCAGCUUCAGCAUGGGAGCAGCCGGCUUCCUUAUCACAGAACUUCUGCUUUACGCGGGCCUUCAUUGACGCUCUGAAAGGCCUAAAGGGCCAAAACAGCACCUUGGCUGACGUUUAUGCAACCAUUGUACGCCAUGCAAAGGACAGUCAAAUUGAGGUACUGCCAAUACAUAUUCCCAAACCCGGCACUAGAAGCGUCACUAUCGGACAUCAAGACAGGCCGAUGAGGCCCGCUGGCGGGUGCCAGCUCAAGGUUUUGCUUAGUGUCAACAUCAAUGAUCCAAAUGCGCUGAAUAUCACUGACUGGAAAGAGUGGCUAUCUUCGAACCUUCCCCCAACUAUUCGCCCAGAAGACCUUGAGAUUGAAGGUCUCUACGCUGGAUCGACGGUCAUUCUCUUUACUGUCCCGAUCCAGGCAUGGUGCUUUCUUCCUAAAAACCAUGCAUACACAUUCAUCUCGAUGGUUACAUCGGGAAAUAUGUUGCCUCCCUGGCGGCCAUCGCUUCCGUCCCGCGUUGCACCCCCUCUAAACGAGAAUCAGCCGUUUGCUGGUGGUUCUCAUAAGCCUAUUCGCUAG